UUGGUUCCGAUUGAUCGACAUGCUCGGGACUUCCUCAGUCCUCAUUUACAAUCUCACAAUAGGAUAUACAGAGAAGAAACACCAGAAUAUGGUGGUUAUGGAUAUUUAAUAAAUAUGAAUUCUGUUGAAUUUAGUAUACAAGAGGUAAAUAAAUAUGGAGAAAUCAAAAAAAUAGAGGAAAAAUUAAAUAAACUGAGGAUAUAG